ACCGGAUACAUCCUAAAUAUAGAACCAUUUAUCCAACUGUCCAUCCAGAGCCUCCGGUUUAUAGACCUGAUACAUCCUAAAAAUAGAACCAUUUAUCCAACUGUCCAUCCAGAGCCUCCAGUUUAUAGACUGGCGCUGGGAAACAACUGAACGCUUCAGAGCCGUGAAAGGCACUGAUUGGUUGCUAGGGACUCUUUAGCAAC